GCAGUAUUGGCUCCAACGUCAAGCCCGCGUUCAUUCUGAUGAUAUCUGCUCGCGUCGAUCAAAACCCACAAUCACCUAUCCGAGCAUUCGUCACCCGCUUGCCAUCCUCAUAUGACAUUAUUGCCACUUCGUAUGGCCGUGCAUAAUGAGACGCGCGAUCCGAAAAGUAUGGUUGAGACAGGCUGAGCCAGCAAAGAAACUUGCUUGCAUUUUCGCCGAGUUCAAGCAGCCGACUCUAGCCAGUACUGGGCGCGAUGAGCAACAACUACAAUCAAAACGGGGCCUACUCUGAUGCAAACUAUUCUCAAUCGCAAGGGUACUCGUAUCCAUCAGCGUCUUCCAAUGCUCAAUAUGCGAAUCCGGUAAAUGUCAAUUUCCAAAGCUAUGGAGGUCAAUAUCCCAGUCAGCAAUAUGGACCUACUUCGCAAUCGCAAACAGCUCAGCCAUACGGUCAACAACAAUCAAGUAGCAGCACCAAUCUCGCGGCAGCCGCUUUGAGUAGUCUCAGCAAUCAGGAGUACGCGCACAAUGGUACAAGCAAUAGCAAGGACAUCAAUUCUGGUCAAACGCACAGUGGUGACUGGUCACAGACAUCGUUUGGGCAGAGCGCGUACAACAGCACGUCGGCUAGAGCCCAGACAGAUCUUGCGCCGACAUACGGAGCCAGUAGUACACCGGUGAGCACGUUUGGCAGGUUGACUUUACCAGAGCAGAGGUCCACAAGUUCCAGGCCAAACCCGACACAAUCCUAUCAGGCCCCUCCCUCUAACACAGGAAUACAGCAAUCCUCCCAAAUUGCGCCUGUCAGCUCAAUUUCAACGAGCGGAACAUACACAAGCCAGGGAUCGACGCAUCAACAGAAUAUGCAGCGUUAUGCUAGCCCACUCCAUGCUGUACAAGCUCAACAGCACUACCAAGGAAUAAACAGGCCAGCAUCCCGCACUGCGACAAGCAGCGCUUCUCCUCAAAUGACUGCGCUGAGCGCGCAUCAGACUCAGAAACAAUGGAUGCCAUCUGAAUCCACUAAUCCCGCGCAGGUCACUGUCGAUCCUUCUCAAGUAUAUGACUUUCGAGCAGAACAACAGCGAAAGGCCAGGAUUGAGGCAGACCGGCGAGAAAAGCGUGCAGCGGAAGAAGCGCUCCGGCAAGCUGAGCGAGAUCGGCAUGAUGCCGAGAAUGUUGCAAAGAGAGCCGAAGAGCAGCGUCGAGAAGCGGAAGCGCAGCAGGCCGAGGUCGAGAAGCAACGAGUCGAAGCCGAAAGACAGCGUCUUGCUGCCGAACAGCAGAUGGCCGACGAGAAUGCCCGCAAAGCCAAGGAAGGGGCUGACAAGAAGGCUGAAGCUGCAAAAGCCCGGAAGGCUCGCGCACAGGAGAAGAAGGCUAAGGCCUCGACGGCUCAAAUCCCCACCGCGACAGUGGCCGAACCUGCUGUUCAAUCUACAGUGCUGGACGAGGAAGCACAGAUGCGUGCAAUGUUCGCAAAGAUGCGUGAGUUCAAUCAGCGAAAUCCGGAAAUGCUUGCAAAGCUCUGGGAUGAAGAACGUUCAGCACACGUGGAAUCGGUCGUAGAAUCUCCGAGCAUAGUAGAUACGAACCCCACAGAACCAAUUUCGAGAUCGACACCCACAGUAACAGCAUUCGUGCCAAAGCCAACUGGAAAAGCACAGUCGCAAAAUCGCCCGGCUCAGCCGAACACCAGCGCUGCUCGUAAGGUUUCUGCACAGCACAACAAAAGCUUACAAUCACCCACGCCUGUUCCCUUGACGAAUACGAAUGCAUCGACCCUGACAGGAACAGGCUUCCCCACACAAACGCCACCCACUUCAAACACUGUGGGCAAAUCAAAUGCCAUAGGCUCAAGCUCAAAGCAAACGGCGACGUCCGCAGCCGUACAGAAUCCUGCAGCAAGCUCACCGAUGUCCAAUCUGGCGAGUUCAGAGGCUCUACGAGCUGCUGGCUCAGCUUCUGCUGAGAAUACGUUAUGGCCAUCGCAUAAGAAAGGUACCUUGUCCGAGGUUGCCGCCAAAUGGCUCAGCGGCCUGCCUCAAAACGCUCACGCUGGUAGAGCCAUUGGCAAACACGAAAUCUUGUCAAUGUUGGAAACCAAUCCUUCCUAUGUGCAGCUUUGCGAGCUAAUUGAAGCGAAUGGAAUAAAAUUCGAGAGAUCCGCAUUUGCUAGAGAAUUGCUCAGGAUCAUACCCUCCGCGCCGAGCUCCAAAGAUAAGCCCAAGACGAGCACUCCGAAGAGUAGUCAAGCUGCAGCACCUCGAGUGUCUCAGGCUCAGCGAUUGGACAGCAAAUCCGUCAGUUCCUACGAUACUUCCACUUCGCUGACCGCUGCUGCGAGGAGCAUCAAUAACAUGUACAAAUCACCGGCUGCUGCAACGAUAGCUUCACCAAGCCCGUUCGUAGGCACGGCCUCGCAAGAAGCAGCAGCUGCCCAUCAGUCGCUCAAAAGCCCUGGUCAGACGCUGGGAGAAGCGCCAUCCACAAUACAACCUAUCGAAACACCACGACCUCCGCCCACUAACAAAGAAGAAGCCGCGAGAAAGCGCACUUUUGGCGACCUCGUGGAUCUCACAAACGAUGAAUCCGACGAUGAUGCACCACCUCGAAAAAUUGUGCAGCUAGGUAGUGUCUCCGACGGACCCAAACCUGAACACCUUUCAAAGCCGAUCUCCUACAGCAACUUCAUGAACCCAGUCAAACAAAUCCCGUCCGCUUAUGUGCCUCCAGGCCAAUUUAAUCCGCCUCAACCUGUGCAUCAUCCGGGAGUCAAGACAUUCAACCCUUAUCUUCGUCAACCUUUAGCACAACCGCCAUUGAUAUCAACACUACCAUCUCAACAAGUUGGUCCAUCGAAUGCGCUUGCUUCCACACUCACGCCGGUUCCUAUGCCUCGGAAGCCCACCGCAAAGCAACUCGAGCUUGAGCGCCAACAGCUACAUCGAAUGAAGGGUCAAAUGCUUGUGGAGCCAAUCAUGCGUGACCGAGUUGCACGGAAGUCCAAAUACGACAGCAGGUCCAUUGCGCGGGAUGUUCUGCUCGCGACCGGCCGUCACCCCAACAUGAGGCCUCUAAAUUUCCAUCUUGGCAUCAUGCAAAAACUUUUGGGAGAUCAUGGUGGCAUGGCAAGAGUCGGAGAAAGUGGUGCACGCGAAGGCAACCGCAGUGAUCUUAGCACUAUUCGGUGGAACAUUAUCGAUCCUGGGACGCCGUCCGAACAGGCACUGCAAAAGUUCAACAAAGCUUCGUCACGCGCUGAAGAAAGCGAUGGUUCCGACGAUCAUGAUGAAAAUACAAACCAGGCCGCCAAUCGUGAUCAACAAGAGCAGCGCUUGUCCAAUGACGUUUAUAAUCCUCCACAGCUGAAGCAUCUUCAGCAGCUUGGACAAGGCGGUGCGGCCACACCCGCUAAGCCAACACCCGCUAAGCGUGGCCGUCCACCAAAGAACCGUGCCGCGUCCAUGAAACCUUCGCCAGUCGCGACACCAAAACCAAAUUCAUCUCCAAAGACAUCAUCCGAUAUGCCUUCUGGGACUCCAAUAGGAUACGCAGCCUUUGCACAAACUGUCGUGGAUGAGAACGGUAAUGUUGUGAAGAGGAAAGGCCGACCGGUCGGCUGGCGAAAAUCAAUUCAUAGCCGCGAGGCACAAGGCUUGUCACCUCACUCAGGCCAGAAACCAGCAACUACUGCAGGGCGAGCACUAAGGCAGCAAUCACAGCCCAAGUCAGACCGCGACUCAUUGCAGGAACCUCACUAUCAGGUGUACGCUUGUGGCUGGGACGGAUGCCGCGCCGAAUUGCACAAUCUUGACACGCUUAAGAAGCACGUCGUGAAGUUGCACGGAAACCCUUCAGCAGACGGUGAAUUUGAAUGUGGCUGGGCUAAUUGUAACAUGGCUGGCACUUCCGUUGAUCAACGAGGUCGUCAGCAAAAUCGUGGCGACCAGGACGGCGCACGCUUCGCGACAAUCGAGCAAUGGGUGCAGCACAUUGACAAAACGCAUCUACGGCCAGUCGCAUGGAAACUGGGUGAUGGGCCUGGUGUGAGCGAGGAAGGCAACUCGUCACCUGCCAGCUAUCUGAGCGAUUUCCGAGGUCGUAGUGUGACGCCAAUCAUCUACCCAGCUGGUGCAGAACCUCGUGACCAUCCCAGCCAAGGAGACAAUAUGCGAGCGAUCCCUCGAGGAUACAACUCGAAAGACGAGCGAGAAGCCCUGGCGGAGCUUCGGAAAUUGGAGGAGUACAAGCGCAUCGUAGGUGCGGUGUUUGGUCCUGAAGGUACCAUCUUGGCGAACGCCAAACGAAGACGAGGCUUUCUGCACGAUGAAGACUUCGAGGAUAUCGUGGAAGACGAGGAUGGAUUAUAGCUCGCGCAUUGUGAUGCAGUGCAAUGAAGCGUUUGUAAUUUUGUGAGGGACGGCAAUCAAACCCGCUACCACCACGGCUCUAUGCAUACUCUGGCA